ACGAAUGCUACUUCACGUCUGAUAUGAAAGACGGGCCGCCCUGUCGCUCAUGUUCAAGUGAUCACGUGGUAACGAACGACAACGCUGGAGCACUACUGCACCAAUGGUGGUGACGGUUGGCGAAAGCUCGUUUGCUGGGUGCGCCUGCUUUCGCGUACAGUCCAGUAACGCAGCAAACCAGAUGAAGAGAAGGUGAUCACAUUAGAAGCGGCCAGCGAUACUGUUCGCUAAACGCCGCCCCCCCUACGAAGGUCCGGCGUAGCACUGUCAUGCCUACAGGUACCAGAUGGUGCAAGUAUUGCUCCACCGCGAGAGCGUUCCCGGCCCAAUGGAGUGUUCUCAGGACAGGAAAGCACGGUGAGCGGUGUGGCCAGUGCUAUGAGAGCUUCCUGGCGACUCGUGGGAUCGGGAAUGAUGAAGGGGCUGAGGUUCAGUGUCCUCCACCGCCCGUACAGCAGCAAGUGCAACAGCAACGCCUACCUCAGCAGGCGCUCCAGCAACAAGGACAUCGGCAGGCGCUCCAGCAACCGCGACGGGCGCUCCAGCCUCAGCAGCAACGACGCAUGCACUACCUCGCCUCCGCCCAAGGAGUCAUGCAAGACAACCGGGCCGCUAUUCUUGUCGCCAUGACCGCCCUCAUCGUCUUCAUCGUCAUCCGCGUGCUGCCGAGCUACACGAAGGGAUGCGAAGUCGUGGAGGGCCAGCCAAUCACCGUGACCGUCUCCGCACACACGGCCGGGUCAACGAGGGAAGCAGGGGUGGAAGGCAUGGUAGUGGUAGUUGAGGCGAGUACGACAGUACUGCGCGGGUAGGCAGUGGAUUGAUGGUGGAUCUGAAGCAAAUACUGGUUCCAUGACUGAAGUGUUGGGCAUGACAGUGCGGUGCAGUCCAGUCUUCAAGGUGUUGCGCACGAUCUACAGCGGGCUGCCUUGGGCUCCUCUGUUGAGGUUGUUCACUCUCCUUCUCCUUGAGCGUGACGAAGCCGAUGUAAGGGUAA